CUCUGUGAUGAUUUCUCCCAGUCGGACUCGAGCAUGGACAUACUCAGGACUAUAACACACCACCAUCAUCAUCAUCACCAUCAUCAGCCUGUGAACAACGGCAAGAUGUGUGAACACACACACCACAGACCCACUGAGAGCAGACGAGGGAAAGCAGAGGAUAAUAAUAAUGCUCAUGCCACGCAAGAAAUGUCACGCAUCAUCACGGAUUCAACCACUGGGAAAUGUUACUGUAGAGGAAAAGUUUUGGGCAAGGGCGGUUUUGCCAAAUGCUAUGAAUUUACAGAUCUAAGCACUGGGAAAAUGUAUGCAGCCAAAAUCAUUCCACACACGCGCGUCUCCAAACCUCACCAAAGGGAAAAGAUCGACCGAGAAAUCGAAUUGCACAGAGCCCUGCAUCACAAACACAUCGUUCACUUCUACCACCACUUCGAGGACAAAGAUAACAUCUACAUCCUGCUUGAAUACUGCAGCAGACGGUCUCUAGCACAUAUUCUCAAGGCCCGAAAGGUGCUUACAGAACCAGAGGUUCGGUACUACCUGAGACAGAUCGUCUCGGGGUUAAAGUAUCUCCACGAGCAAGAAAUUCUGCACAGAGACCUUAAACUAGGUAACUUUUUCAUCAAUGAAUCAAUGGAGCUCAAGGUUGGAGACUUCGGUCUGGCUGCGAAGCUCGAGCCGGUUGAGAACCGUAGGAGAACAAUAUGCGGGACGCCAAACUACCUGUCGCCUGAAGUCCUCAACAAGCAAGGGCACGGCUGUGAAUCUGACGUCUGGGCUCUCGGCUGUGUGAUGUAUACCAUGCUUUUGGGAAGACCUCCUUUUGAAACCACAAACCUUAAAGAAACGUACCGGUGCAUUCGUGAAGCGCGAUACUCCAUGCCGUCGUCUUUGUCGCCUCAAGCCAAGCAUCUCAUCAGCAAUAUGCUGGCCAAAAACCCUGUGGAAAGGCCACAACUCGAUGAUAUUCUACGCCACGACUUUUUCUGCCAGGGUUUCACACCAGACAGACUGUCUUCGAGCUGCUGCCACGCGGCCCCAGAUCUCCACCACACCAGUCCUGCCAAGAGCUUCUUCAAGAAAGCUGCUGCCGCCCUGUUCGGUGGGAAGAAGGACAAAGCCAAGUACUUGGAGACUCACAAUAAACCAACCAAGGAAGAGGAUGACAUAAACAAACUAUGCCUUGACCUCCGGAAAGCUUCACUCAGCCCCCAACCCUGCAGAAAACCCCUUGAGGACACUAAGCCCACUAUCACAACUGCUGGAAAAGCAGCUGUUCCCGCAGUGAAGGACACUAGCAGCAAGCAGCACAUUAGAGACAGCAUUCGGAUGAUCGUGCGGGGAACGCUGGGGAGCUGCAGUAGCAGCAGCGAAUGUCUUGAGGACAGCACAAUGGGAAGCGUUGUGGACACUGUUGCACGAGUAUUGCGCGGCUGUCUGGAGAACAUGCCGGAAGCUAAUAACAUUCCCAAAGAAAGCAUGAACGGCAGCUUCCAGUGGGUGACGAAGUGGGUGGACUAUUCCAACAAGUACGGCUUCGGCUACCAGUUGUCGGAUCACACAGUUGGCGUCCUCUUCAACAACGGCACACACAUGAGCCUUCUGUCGGACAAAAAGACGGUGCAUUACUAUGCAGAGCUGGGACAAUGUUCGGUCUUCCCCACUACUGAAGCCCCAGAGCAGUUCGUCGGUCAGGUCACCAUCUUAAAAUACUUCGCCCACUACAUGGAGGAGAAUUUGAUGGAUGGAGGUGAUUUACCCAACGUAACUGAUGCAGGCAAACCCAGACUGUACCUUCUUCAGUGGCUCAAAUCGGAUCGAGCACUCAUGAUGCUCUUCAACGAUGGCACUUUCCAGGUCAACUUCUACCACGAUCACACCAAGAUCAUCCUGUGCAAUCAGAGUGAAGAAUACCUCUUGACGUAUAUCAACGAGGACCGUGUUUCCACCACGUUGCGUCUCAGCACGCUCCUCGUGUCGGGAUGCUCACCGGACCUUCGCACCCGCAUGGACUACGCACUCGACAUGCUGUUGCAGAGAUGCAACUGAACCACACGAGCGCACAGAGACUGGGAUACUUCGAAAAGACGAGAAUGUGGACUAUUUACGACUGGACGGGAGAGUGUUGAAGACGGGAGGAGAUGAAAUGGAUUAUGAGUUUUACAAAAGGACUGAACUGAGCUGGGCUGGAACCAGAGACGAUGAUGAAAUCAAGAUGAUAAUGUCUCAUUUGAGGUGUUUUAAAUGCAGAAAUCUUGCUUUGUUGAAGCCAAACGGAGAUAUUAACUCUUUCCCCGCCAGCGUUGACUACAAAAGUUGCCCCGAAUCACAUUCACAAAACUUUCACGGCCUCCAGAAUAUUUUCUUGUACGGAUAAACAUUCAAUAUAUUGAAAGAAAGAAAGAACAGAGCCUCUGCUUUUAAACUAACGAAAA